CCCAAAAGAAAUGUGCAACUAUUGAAGUCCUCAGCGAAGGUGACUACUGAGACUACAGAAUAAAGAUAGACUUCGGCGGCGGAAGGCAAGUCCAACUGCCCAAGAGUUCAGUUUUGAGGAUCUGUCCAUCAGUCGAUUCUGAACUUCUGUGUGUUGGUGACAAAAGAUGGGAAACAGAGAAGUUAUCGGCGAUAAAUGGUCAAUGAGGAUCCUGAGGUUCUGUGCGAUUGGAAGUGCCAUAUGUUCGUAUUGGUGCUAUCAUAAGACAUCUCAGUAGGAACUCUACUUCAGCAUCUUGGCUUCUUCAUUUGAUACUGAUACUUGUCAGCCAUUACUGCUUUAGGCUUGUGGAUGGUCGGUGUAGAAAGACAGACCCAGAACAGGCAACGGAUGAUGGCUGAAAGUUUGAGGGCGAUGGACUCAGGCGAAGAUAGCCAAUCUAGUGGCGAGGAUGUUUGAGAGCUAAGACAUCUGAAUGUCGAGAUAUCGCUUAAAUUCCUUUUUCACUGUUUCCUGUUAUCCUCUUAACCGGAAACUUUCUUCUAGGACAUGGAGGGAUGAGCUGCUUUGGAACGUAAACCCAUCAAACUCCUUGAAGGGGUUGUUAGACUGUAACCUCCUUUUGAAGAGGCUGAUACUAUAGUAAUUCUAUGGGAAGAAGUUUCAAGUUUGUGGAGAUCACAUGCAAUUGAAACCUGUUCCUCUUCAACUUAACUCAAGGACUGGGGAAAUUGUAGGGGAAAUUUUUGAGAGCCUCAAGAAAUGUGCAUCCAUGAAAUUGUUGAAGCAGGUCCAUGCUCCUAUAAUCACAAGUGGUCUCCACCAUGAAAAUUAUCUUUCUGUCAAACUUUUAUCUUUGAGUACCAAAGUGUUGGCAAAUAUUGAUUAUGCCCGUAAAAUCUUUGAUUGUUCUAUGGGCACAGCGAAUGUGUUUCUAUGGACUGCCAUGAUAACAGCUUAUUCAAGAAAUCAGUCUCAAGCUACAGUAGAAGCUAUUCUGAUAUACAAGAAGAUGCAGAGGCAUAUGAUAGAACCGAACAGUUAUACACUGUCAUCUGUUCUCAAAGCAUGUUCCAUUUUGUCAGCUGUUCAAGAAGGCAACCAGAUUCAUGUUCAUGCUCUUAAACUGGGACUGAAUACCAACAUCUAUGUGCAAACAACGCUGAUGGACAUGUAUGCCAAGUUUGGCUGCAUUGAAGCAGCAGUGCAUUUGUUUGAAACUUCAUGUGAGAGAAAUCUUGUGAUGUGUAAUGCCAUGAUUAUGUGCUAUGGAAAAGCUGGAAAUGUUGAAGCUGCCAGAGAAAUAUUUGACAAAAUGACUCAAAGGGAUUCAAUUUCAUGGACUUCCAUGAUCUCUAGUUACACUAAUCAUGGAAACAUGCAAGCCGCACAGGAACUUUUUGAUCAAAUGUGUUUGAGGGAUGUGUCUUGUUGGAAUGCAUUGAUUAGAGGUUAUGCUCACAGUGGAGAUGGUGAAAGAGCUUUGCUACUUUUCAAUGAGAUGAAACUGGAGAAUGUGGAACCCAAUCAGGUAACCAUGGCUGUUAUUAUUUCAGUCUGUGGAUGCAUUGGAGCUUUGGAGAAAGGAAAACAAAUACAUGAGUACAUAAAAGACUGUAGUGGAAUGGAAAUGAAUAUCUACAUGUUCAAUGCUUUAAUUGACAUGUAUGCCAAAUGUGGGAGUCUUGAUGAUGCUUAUCGAGUGUUCUGUGAGAUGCCCUACAAGGAUGUAGUGACUUAUAAUGCAAUGAUUCUAGGUUUUGCUAAACAUGGGCAUGCGGAAGAUUCCCUGAAACUUUUUUCAGAGUUGUUAGUUGGUGGUUUGAAGCCAGAUGCAGUUACCCUUUUGGGUAUCUUAACUGCAUGUAGCCAUGCUGGCCUGCUAGGUAUGGGUAAUGAAUGGUUCAGUUGCAUGACCAGGGAUUACAAAAUAGAGCCUUCGGUUGAUCACUAUGCUUGCAUGGUUGAUCUCCUUGGCCGUGCAGGAUUCAUUGAGGAGGCUUAUCAGUUGAUAAAAACAAUGAAACUGGAACCUCAUGCUGGUGUGUGGGGGGCCUUGCUUAGGGCAUGCAAGACUUGUUGCAAUAUUGAAAUUGGUGAAAUUGCCGCAAGAAAGCUUUUCAUAGUUGAGCCAGAGAAUCCUGCAAACUAUGUGCUGUUGUCUAACAUUUAUGCUAGGUCCAAUAGGUGGGAUGAUGUUGCAAAGGUCCGGCAUUGGAUGAGUAAAAGAGGAAUAGCCAAAGCAUCAGGAUACAGUUGGAUUGAGGUUGAUAAACUUGUCCACAAAUUCUUAGCAGGAGACACAAGUCAUCCACAAUACAGGCAUAUCCAUGCAACAUUGAAAAAUCUGUCUUUGCAAUUGAUAUUGGAUUAUGGGAUUAUUGGCAUUGGAUAGAGUUGGGUCUUCUGUCAGCUGUGUUUUCUCCAUCACAGAAUGUGCAGGCAGACAAGCUUGGGUGAUCUAUAUGGCUAUUUAUUGAAGAGACCCAAAAGUUCAAGUCAGCUGGACCAGAUCCAUGCUCAGAUUAUUGUGAGUGGGUUACACCAGGAUAAUUCACUAAUAAUGAAGCUUAUAAUCUCUCUCAUGGCUUGUGGGAAACAAAUGAUUGCUUCAUUAAUUUUCAAUCAGGUGGAGUAUCCAAAUGUUCUUUGGACUUCAAUGAUCAGAGGCUACUCAUGUUAUGGUCAUUUUAGAGAAUCUAUUUUGCUUUAUGCACGAAUGAGACAUCAGCAUCUUUGCCCCAAUAAUUUUAGCUUCCCAUUUGUGCUCAAAUCUUGUGCAGGUCUCAAAGCUCUUUCUGAGGGCGAGCAGAUCCAUGCUGAUGUUGUAAAACUGGGUUUUGUAUCCGAUGUUUUUGUUCAGACUUCAGUUCUGGACAUGUAUGUGAAAUGCAGUAGAAUAGAAACAGCAAAACAGGUCUUUGAUGGAAUGACAGUGAAAAAUGUGGUUUCCUGGACUGCCAUUAUUGCGGGUUAUUGCAGGCAUGGGUUUUUGGAUAUGGCACAAGAGCUAUUCCAUGACAUGCCUGUUAGAAAUGUUGUCACAUGGAAUGCAUUAAUUGAUGGGUUGGCUCAAUUUGGGGAUAUAGAAAGAGCUAGGUGGUACUUUGAUCAUAUGCCUGAGAAAAAUACAGUGUCAUGGACCAUUAUGAUUGGUGGCUACUCAAGGGCAGGAGAUGUGGCAAAUGCAAGAUUGCUAUUUGAUAAGAUGAUUGACAAAGAGGUUGUAGCAUGGACAGUCAUGAUAUCUUGUUAUGUACAAAAUGGGAAACCAGGGGAGGCUAUCAAACUUUUCCAUGAAAUGCUGAGAACUAAUAUUAUGGUGGAUGAGGUCAUUAUGUUGGCUUUGAUCUCUGCUGCUACUCAGUUGGGGAGUUUGAAUGUAUGUGCGUGGAUAGAAAACUGCAUAAGUGAAUGUGGGUUUGGAUCUGACAUUCGUAUCCUGAAUGCUGUUGUAAAUAUGUAUGUGCAGUGUGGAAACAUAGAGAAGGCUUUUAAUGCAUUUAAAAAGAUACCCAAGAAAGAUGUUAUAUCCUACAACUCCAUGAUAACAGGAUAUGCUCACCAUGGAGAUGCCAACUGUGCUCUUUCUUUGUUUUCUAUGAUGAUUGAUGCCAAGAUUCAGCCAAACAGUAUUACAUUUACUGGAAUACUCACUGCGUGUGCACAUAGGGGGUUGGUGGAUGAGGGUCGGAGGUACUUCCAUUUGAUGCGUGAUCUAGGUUCUAUUGUACCUAAGAUGGAACACUAUGCAUGCAUGGUGGACCUCCUUGGUCGUGCUGGAUUCAUAGAUGAGGCUCAUAAUCUUAUUUCGAGCAUGCCCAUCAGGCCUGAGGCUAGCAUAUGGGGGGCGCUACUUGGUGCAUGUAAGAUACAUGGGAAUCUUGAGUUGGCCGAGUCUAUUGCACAGAAGCUGUUUGAAAUAGAGCCCGAAAACCCAGGAAACUAUGCAAUUCUUGCAAACAUGUAUGUGGAAAGGAAAAUGUGGGAUGCAGCAACAAGGGUGAGGAUGAUGAUGAAAAGGAGGGGAGUGUGCAAAACACCAGGAAGCAGCUGGGCUGAAGUCUCACAACUCUUUGAUUUUGGGUGUCAAAUUAGAAUAUGAGGUACCUGAUGUGCUCUCUCUCUCAUGUGCGUUCAUUAGCCAUUAGCAUGCAUGUGACAAUCUUUCUUGGUACAAAAGAAGAGGAGCUCUACACAAGGCAGGGGGUAGAGCAGAUCCGUGGGUCAUGCAACCUGAUUCUUUCAAUGGGCUUGGAAAUGAGAUCCGAGUUCAUCUGAUUCAGCCUACACAUGAAAUCUGCAAGGCAAUUGGCUUCAUGAAACACGAGUGAAACCGACUCUCAUAUUCAAUCUGUCCCUUAGAGCGAUAAUAUCUUGGAUGAUUGAAUUGGCGGUCCAAGGGGGCUUUACUUUGGCAUUGAUGCAAUCUAUAACCUGCUUGCUAUCACCCUCAAUCAAGAUGCCAUCACAAUUGAUAGAUUCGGCCAACUUUGGAGCAUUCUUAGCUGCAAGACUCUCCCCCAAGUCUGGCCUAGUUAAAAUCAACUUUGAUGUUUCUAUUUUAGAGAACGGGAUUACCUCGGAUGGCUGGUUUGCUGGAGGCUGUGAGGGCAGCAUUGUUUCAUAUAGAGAAAGGGUUGGAGUGAAGAGAACAAAGUUGCAUACAUUGAUUAGGGCGCCCAACUUUUAUUUUUCUAUUUUUGGCUUUGAUAACUCUUGAACUUUGCUAAAAAAACCAUUUUAGACCCUAAGGCUGUCUUUGGUUGCAAUGCAAAUAAAUUUGCACGGAUGCAAAACUAUGGCAGCACAAAAGAUUUGAGUGGUAAAUUGACCUAUUUUUGCUUCAAA